AUGUCUAACGUCAAAAUUGCGUUAAAUCAUCAGUUCUUUCUUUUCAUAUCAUUUUUUUCUCGCUUCUUUCUCGAUCGGCGUCUUUCUUAUUACUGCAAUUCAUAUAAAUUUACUGUUUACGUCUUUUGUUGUCGCGCCUCCCCCUCUAAUCCUCCUCCUUCACCUCCUCCUUCUUCUUCUUCUUCCCCCCCCCCUCUAUCAAUAUUCCCCCUCCUCCUUCUACUCCAACUCCUCAUUAUUCCUUUGCUCACUUCCUCACGUUCGUUAUCCCUUCUCCCCCCUCUUCAUUAUUCCAUUUUCCCCUUUCUUCACCUCUUUAUUGUUACUCCUCCCUCGCCUCUUCCUUCUCCUCAUUAUUCCAUUUCCCCCUUUCUUCCCCUCAAUCAUUAUACCUUUUGCUCCUCUUGCUCCCCCUCCUCCUCCUCAUUCCUUUUCUUCCUUUCUUCACAUCUCUAUCGUUAUUCCCCUCCUCUUCAGUCUUUCCUCACCUAUCGUUAUUCACAUCCUCUUCCUCCUCCUCAUUAUUCCUUUUCUCCCUUUCUUCCCUUCUCUAUCAUUACUCUUUCUGCUCCUCUUCCUCCUCCUCCUCGUUAUUUCUUUUCUCCCUUUCUUCAACUCAGCAUCGUUAUUCCCCCAUCUCCUCUUCCUCCUCCUCAUUAUUUCUUUUCUCCCUUUCUUCAGAUUUCUAUCGUUAUUCCUCCCUUCCUCUUCUUUUUCCUUAAUAUUCCUUUUUUCUCCUUCCUUUCAUUAUCCCUCUCCUCCUCCUCUGUAUUUCUUAUCUCUCUUUCUUCCCCUCUCUAUCAUUAUUCCUUCUGUUCCACUUCCUCCUCCUCAAUAUGCUCUCUGUCUUCACAUCUCUAUCAUUAUUCCUUCUGCUCCUCUUCCUCCUCCUCAAUAUUUCUUUUCUCCCUUUCUUUAACUUACUAUCGUUAUUCCUCUGCCUCCUCCUCCCCCUUCCCCUUAUUCCAUUUCUGUGUUUCUCGCUAUCGUUAUUACUCCUCCUACUACUUCUCAUCGUUAUUCAUUUUCUCCCUUUCUUCACCUUUCUAUCGUUUUACUCCGCCUCCUUCUCGUUAUUUCUUGUCUCUCUUUCUCAACCUCGUUGUCGGUAUUCCUUCUCCCCUUCUCAUUAUUCAUUUUCUCCAUUCUUUUCUCUCACUGUCUUUUAAACUCCUCCUGCUCCCUAUUAUUUCUUUUCCUGUUUCUCUCUCUAUCUAA